UGUAUCUGCCCACCGUGCUUACGCGGCGAGGGGAGUGAAACUGCACCGCGCUUGCUUACUUGAGAGGGAACAAUACAACUCCAAGUUUUUCCAAAAGUUAAUAAAACUGCAAUGAACAACAGAUCCACUGCUCUUCUUUAGACUGGCGGUGACAUUAGUGGCAUGGAUAUACACUUAAUAAAACAUUAUUCACGUGAAUACGGUUUGAUGCAGAGCGAGAAUGACAGGGACCGGUAACCAAGGAACUGGAGUCAGGUACAGUACGCAACAAGACGACGGCACCACUUCAGCAACAAAGGAACUACAAGGCAAAACGAGAAACAGGGCUAAUAUCACAGGACUCGAAGUGAAAUGUCAUGUAUUGUAAAACGAAAUAAAGUCGAAUGGAAACAAAAUCAGCAGAGGGAACCGUAAACAUUAUGUUCGGGAGAAUGGAGAUACUCACUUGCGCAGAGAGACACGCACAGAAACCUCUUGCACUUGCAUAUGGAUAUAUAAUUACGACAAAACAGUGAGACGGUCAACUUCAACGGAUCUAAGGUCACGUCGAAUCGCACAUUUUGUUAACUGUGGGUGACAGAAACAGGCGAGGCCCUGUUGGCGUGGUAUUUGGGGACGCUAUUUCGGCUGUUCGCCGUUGGUCUGAAGUUCGCUCACUCCCGAUGGAGAAAUACGAAAAACUCUCGAAGAUCGGAGAGGGCUCCUACGGCGUGGUCUUCAAAUGCCGCCACAGGGAGACCGGGCAGAUUGUCGCCAUAAAGAAAUUUGUGGAGUCCGAGGACGAUCCGGUCAUUAAGAAGAUAGCGAUGAGAGAAAUCCGCAUGCUGAAGCAGCUGAAACACGUCAACUUGGUCAACCUGCUGGAGGUGUUCCGGAGGAAGAGGCGGCUGCACCUGGUCUUUGAGUUCUGCGAGCAGACCGUCCUGAACGAGCUGGACCGGCACCCGCGAGGGGUUCCAGAGGCUCUGCUGAAGAGCAUAGUGUGGCAGACCCUGCAGGCCGUCAACUUCUGCCACAUGCACAGCUGCAUCCACCGGGACGUGAAGCCGGAGAACAUCCUGCUGACCAAGAGCGGCAUAAUCAAGCUGUGUGACUUCGGCUUCGCCCGCAUCCUCACGGGCCCGGGGGAUGACUACACGGACUACGUGGCGACGCGGUGGUACCGGGCCCCGGAGCUGCUGGUGGGGGACACGCAGUACGGGCCCCCGGUGGACGUGUGGGCCCUGGGCUGCGUCUUCGCCGAGCUGCUGCACGGGAACGCCCUCUGGCCCGGCCGGUCCGACGUGGACCAGCUGUACCUCAUACGCAGGACGCUAGGGGACCUGAUCCCUCGUCAUCAGCAGGUGUUUCGCUCCAAUGUUUUCUUCAACGGAGUCAGCAUCCCAGAUCCAGAGACCAGGGAGCCGUUGGAGAAGAGAUUCCACAGUGCCUCUCCCCAAGCCCUAACCUUUCUGAAGUCCUGCUUGGUGAUGGACCCCUCCCUGAGGCUGUCCUGUGAGGAGCUUCUGGCGUUGCCGUACUUCCAGGAGGAGGGGGGAGGCCCCUGGGGGCGGGACGGGGAGCGACCGGGGAGGCGCCACGACAAGUGUCCCAGACGGAGGCAGGCCGGGCCACAGUACCUGCCCCAGUUGCCAGGCAACAACGUCUCCCCUGCACCUGAGGUCAAGAAGCAGGUCAAGCACAAAUAUGACCAUCAUCUGCCGAACAUCUAAACAAAGAGAGAUAUAAAUGUGCAUAUAAAUGCCAGUGAUUCAUCAGUCGUGACAAAGUACAGAUACGCUUUAGAUGCGCUAUGAUAGAGAGUAAUGAGUGGUAGAUGUAAAGUGGUGGUAGCAUGACGCAGUGUAAUAUUACCAACUGCUUCAUUAUAUUAACAGAUCAAAUGAGAUGAUGGUUAUUUAUUUAUUAAAAUAGAAAAAUUACAUUAGAAUAAUUAUUUUUACAGGAGAAUAUCCUCUAGCCCUCUUUUUGGUACGGAUGUUCGCUGCCAGGUUACAAAUCCCAAACUUGUCCAAUUUCAUUUUGGACUAUUAACAUAUUCCUGAUUCAGAAAAACAGUUUAGCUUUUUUCUUUCUGUGCAGGACAUAUUUUUUGUGUUACUGUCGUCAUGUAAUCCAUGAAUGAUUACUGGAACACAGCUCACUGUACAUAGAUAUAUGGUUAGUAAGAACAACAGAAAUACAUUGCAAUAUAUUGAAAAAUAUACUGUAAUAUAAUGAAUAAUACAUUCAGAUAUACUGAGGCACUCCAAAUAUUUUCCAAUUAAGGCAGAAUAUUGCCAUUUUGCUGAUAAUGAUGAUUACAUCAAGACAUAUCCCAGUAAAACCACAGCAGCUGGUGCAGUUUUAGUAAAAUGUGAUAUAACACAGUGUGUUUCACAAAAUUGCAAUAUGUUGUACCUUUCCAGGAACAGUUUCUUGUUUCACAAUUGCAUCAGAACUAGUUUGUACCACUUGAAUGUGUCGAUAGACACUGAAUAUAUUACUGUAUCAGGACAGCUUUCCAUUUUCACAAAAAUAAAGACAAAUCAAGAAUGACAAUAUUUUGAUCCCCGUACAUUAAACUAUAGUUCUGUUCUGCAAGGGAAAUUAUGAUGAAGUGCUUGUUUUACCAAUGUACUAUACAUGUGGGGACUAAUAAAUGAGAUUAAUUUG